AGAGUACGCUUCCAAAAAUUAUCCCUUAUGGUUUAUAGAUAUCAACCAUACACAGCUAAUGUAUUCAAGAGAUGUGAGAGAGGAGCCCCGUUUCUUGGAGUAACAACCAUGUUCAUGGCUGUGUUCGUUCAUACAUCAGCUUUCCUUCUUCCUGACAUAUUUGAAUACGAAGGCUCGGGCAUUGGAGUCUUUAUAGCUGUACUCACUUACACAAUAAUGGCUUUUGCUUAUUAUUGAUAUCUGAAGGUUGUAUUUACUAAUCCUGGCAAUAUCAGAGCUGAAUGGAUUCACCCUCUUAAUGAAAGAGAGCAAAGCCAUAUUCAUAUUGAUAGUGAUGAAAUUUCUAACGCUAACAAUGAAAAUAUUGAUCAUGAAUACCAAAAAAUCCUUAAUGGCUUUAAGCUGAACUCUACCAAUGUACCAGAGGAGUCGCUAUGCCAAAAUAGAAUCCUCGCAGUUACCCAGACCGAAAAUGGAGCCAGGUCAGAAUUUGGUAAUAAUGGGCAGCAAGAAAGAGAAGCCAAUGAAAAUAUUGAUCACAUGAGAAUAGUUAUUAAGAACUUCAAGUACAGAUACUGCCAAGUCUGCAAAAGAGACAAAGCUCCGAGGUCUCAUCAUUGAAGAACAUGAAAUCACUGAGUAUUAAGAAUGGACCAUCAUUGCCCUUGGCUUGGAUCAUGCAUUGGAAGGAACAACCACAAGCACUUUAUUCUAUUCAACUUCUAUACUACGAUAGGGAUGAUCUACAUGGCAACGAUCUGGGCUCUUUGUAUCUUCUACUGGGAUUUUGAUUAUUCUUCAAGUAGAAAGCUUGUAACGUAUCUUCCAUUAAUGAUCAUUUUUGCUAUCAACUCAGUGUCAACGUUGUCGUUAUUUGCCUGACAUAUAGUGUUUGCUUUUCUGAAUAUCACUACAUUAGAAACUUAUGAUGCCUUCUGGACAAGACCAUUCCACACAGGAUCUUACUGGUAUAAUUUUAAGACUGUAUUUGGAGAUCCUAAAUGGAAAAUACUCUGGUUUUUACCUACAAAUCCAGAUUUCGGAGCCAAGAAGGGAAACCAGGCCAGAGGUGACGGACAUAUUUAUUAUUACCAAACAGCUCAGAGGUAAAAAUUCAAUCUAGA